AUGCCACAGACAGCACGUCACAGAGCUGUAAGCACCCCCCUCUCCCUGAGCCCUGCGCGCCGCUGGAGGCAGAGCGAGCCCUCCCAAAGCCCCGCGGCCCGGCUCAGGUCAGAACCGUCACGCCGGGAAAUUGCGGCUCGACCCCGACCUUCAAGCCCCACCGCUACCAGUCGCUGCCUCCGCACCGCGCUGCCCCUCCCGGCCUCUCCGCCGGGCUCAGGUGCCGACCUUGAGCCGUACGAACGGACACCGCCCGACCGCCCUCACCGAGCCUCUCCCGCCGCCUACAACAUGGCUCCUCCCACCUCACGCCCUCCUCGUGGGCGCCGCCAUCUUGCUCGCUCACAUGACCCAGUGCCCUCAAAGACCGCCUGUGAUUGGGCCGUUGGCCGCCGGCCCAGCAUGGCUGCCGCCGAUUGGCCGCGGGCCGGCAGGCGGAGCCCGGCGCUGGUUGCCGGGGCGGCGGAUGGCGGCGGCGGCUCCUCGAUGGCGGCGGGGCUGAGCGCGGAUCCUGCACCGGCGGCCGGGACGCGGGGACUCCCCCUUCGGUGCGGGGAGGCCCAGUCCUCGGGAAAAAGGGGGAGAGAGAGAGAGGCUGAUACUGAAGCCAACCAGCUGCGCUUCUGAGUGGGAAACUCCGGACUGAUCUCAUGGCUUGCUUUUUAUUUCAUUAAUACUUCAUUGUCUCUGAAAAUGAACCUUUUGUGAAGCUCUUCUCCUAACUCUCCUUAUUCCUCUUUCACGAGGUGGCUGCUGUGCAAGGGAAGGAAUGGCAUGAAGUAAAUUACUCCAGUAUAAAGCAAUCUGCUUUGCCCAAGCGCCCAGUGGGCAGCACUGUCACUUUAAUAAUUCCAGGUCAAGGGAUUGCUUUCCUCGUUUUCAAUCCUCUCUUUUAAUACAUGGGAGGAUCAGAGGGACAUUAAAGUCCGUAAGGCUGGGUGGCUUGCAGAUAAUAAAAAUGAAAGUGUCUGCCCAGUGACUUCCGUUGGGUAAGAGGGUGAUACUUGAAGGCUCUUGUCUGGUGAGGAAAAAGGGAUCUUUUCAGUCUGCUGUGUAGUCACCUAAUACAUAGCUAGCAAAAUUAAUUCAAGAAGUGAAAGAGCUUAAAGAGGCGCUUUGGAUUGUUUUUGUCUUCCUCCUUAUUUGGAUUACGUGGGCGUUUUUGUCCUGCAAAUAAUAUGUUUUGGAGCAUGUACAGGUGGAGUAUUGAGACAGCUGCCUAGAGAUGGACUGUGCCUUAAUUGUAUUGCAUAAAAUCUUUUAAUUUUCAAACUUUGCUGCCAGAAGAGGAGUUAUAAUAAGAUUUUAUAUUGCCAAGGAACGUUUGCUCUUGUAUUUUUAUAGAGUCAAAUAUAUUUUAAAGAAAUUGAAAGCAUCUCUUUAAAAAGAAUCAAAAAGCUUUUCUUUCCCUCCCUUUUUUUUUUCUUAUUUGUGGAGAACGUCACAAUUCCAAUCCAAGGGAACAGCAAGUAUUCAUAGAAAUGAAGAUUGAAGCUGCAUUUCCUUACUGAACUGUAAAAGAGUUCUGCAAUAGAUAGUCAGUUCCUGACCUUGCAGAGUGUUCCAGUAGUACUUCGUUAGUACCUGUAAAUAAGUGCUUGCAACCAGAUUCAGAAGUAGGAAGAAGAAUGCCAGUCAAGAAGAAAGGUGGGCUAUGAAGCUUCAUAUCUCAUGUUGUGUCUUCAUUGUGUUAGAUUGCUGAUUUCUAGUACUUUACCAUUUCAAAUUAAACAUGCUUUAAUCAGGAA